GGACAUGGAUGUGUUCCAGAAGGUAGAGAAGAUUGGAGAGGGCACCUAUGGGGUGGUUUAUAAGGCCAAGAACAAGGAGACUGGGCAGCUUGUGGCACUCAAGAAGAUCAGGCUGGAUUUGGAAACGGAGGGGGUCCCCAGCACUGCCAUCAGGGAGAUCUCCCUGCUCAAAGAACUGAAGCACCCCAACAUUGUCAGGCUGCUGGAUGUGAUGCACAGCGAGAAGAAGCUGUACCUGGUGUUCGAGUUCCUCAGCCAGGACCUGAAGAAGUACAUGGACUCCAUGCCAGUCUCAGAGCUCCCCCUGCACUUAGUUAAGAGCUACCUCUUCCAGCUACUGCAGGGAGUGAAUUUCUGCCACUCUCAUCGGGUCAUCCACAGAGACCUGAAGCCCCAGAAUCUGCUCAUCAAUGAGUUUGGAGCCCUCAAGCUGGCCGACUUUGGCCUGGCUCGAGCCUUCGGGGUGCCCCUGCGCACCUACACCCAUGAGGUGGUGACACUGUGGUAUCGAGCCCCGGAGAUCCUCUUGGGCAGCAAGUUUUAUUCCACAGCUGUGGAUAUCUGGAGCAUUGGUUGCAUCUUUGCAGAGAUGGUAGAGAGAGAGAGAGAUGAGCCUGCACUGUUUCCCGGUGACUCUGAAAUUGACCAACUAUUUCGUAUCUUUCGCACCCUGGGGACACCCAGUGAAGCCACAUGGCCAGGGGUCACCCAGCUGCCUGACUAUAAGGGCAGCUUCCCCAAGUGGACCAGGAAGGGGUUGGAGGAAAUUGUGCCUAAUCUGGAGCCCAAGGGCAAGGAUCUGCUCAUGCAACUCCUGCAGUAUGACCCCAGCCGGAGGAUCUCGGCCAAGGCCGCUCUUGCCCACCCAUACUUCUCAUCCCCCGAGCCCUCCCCGGCCUCCCAGUGUGUGCCGGAGGGUUUCUGCCGCUGAGAACAUUGAGGCCCACCACCUCAAUCUGUCUGCCUCCCACCCACCUCCCAAGAGAACAAACCUGGGGAGAGGGUAAAGCUCUAAGGAAUUUUGAUCAGCCAUCAGAGGGCUGAGUUUGGGUUAGUCCUGCUAGCAGGUUAGCAAGUCUGUGUUGUUUGUUGGGUUCGACGGUCCUUUUCAAAAUAGAAGAGCAGAUGUUCCAUGCAUGGUGCCCCUGGCACUGGAACAACAAGUGCCAAGUGGAGCGCAGGAAGCCUGCCCGGAGCUGCAGGCAGUGAGCUCCAGGGGUCCCCAGGCCCUUCACCUGACCUAGCUGCAGCGGCAGAACCAGAACCCCCCACCCCAAAUGGAUGAAAGGGAGCCCCCUGCUGGUGUUUUUGGAUUUAAAGUGUUUGCAGGAGGAGUUAAAGUUCCAUUUGGGAAUCCCAAGUUAAACAGGAGGGGUGAGUAGGGGAGAGGGACAGUUUCCUGACCCCCAAAGAGGUCUGGACACUUGUGGCUGUUCUAAGUAGCUGUCAUGCCACUGAAGAUACUGAAGUUGGUUUUCUUUUAUUUGACAAAUGUGAAAUAAAUGUGACACAUUCCUAA